UUUACUCACCACAAUCAUUGCCUCUACUACUGUGAUUUAUUUAUACUGGCAAAUCCUCAUGUUCGCCGUUAUAAAAGUGGACUGUAUUAAUACGGAACAUGUGUGUCACCAAAGGUCCACCUCUAAAAGUGCACUGUUAACACAAAGCGUGGAAGUGGGAGGUGAUAGGAAAAGCAGGUUUCCUGUUGUUGGGGAGUCAGAACGACAGGAGAGAGUGAGAUUGAGAGAGAGGGGGCACGACAGAGGGAUACCGAGAACAACCAAAGUUAUUACAGGGUAAAAUGGGAAUAGCAGCCAUCCUAGUCAUCGUCUUGUGUAUGUGUUCACUCAGCUUGACUGAUCUGGACAGCGGCACCAAAGAUGGAGAUCCUUUCGAUGCAACACCAUCUGAGAACCCAGAGACUCAGGGGAAACAGGCGAGAGAAGACUCACCGGAGGAGCAAGAGCCCAGUCCUGUCUCAGACUUUGACAACACAUACAACUAUAUUUUGUCCAGGCUGGCAGCAAUGGAUCAGGCCAUCCACAGACUGAAUGUCGGCCACUACACCCUGGACGUGAAGGUGACCCAACUGUUGGACAGAGUGUCCCGGCUGGACGGCACCCUCGGGGAGGUAGAGGAGACCAUGCAACAGAUAUCGCUCCUCACGAAAGAGAACCGCAAGGAGAUUGGCCGCUUGGAGGGAUGUCAUAAGGGCCGACGGGUGGGGUAUAAGUGCUAUCUGGUCUACCGCACAUACGAGGCGUAUGCAGGGGCAGCCCAGAAGUGCCUGGAGCGUGGUGGAAGGAUGGCCAUGCCUCGGGACAGGAAGGAACAGGAAGCCCUGGCAGACUACGUCAAGGCUUUCUUUCAGCCAGGGAACUGGCCUGUGUGGCUGGGCAUCAAUGACCUGCUCUCUGAGGGACUCUACCUGUUUGAGGACAACACACGCGUCACCUACUUCCAGUGGCGCAAGCACUUCCUCUCCAGCCAGCCAGACGGAGGCAAGCGGGAGAACUGUGUGGCCAUGGCGUCAGAUGAUGGGGACUGGUGGGACAACUAUUGUGACAGGAACAUGUCUUACCUCUGUGAGUUUGAUGCCUAAUCCUUUUCUUCAAACUUUUGACGAGUAUCUGACAUUUCAGAAACACAAAUCCAGCCAAGCUUGACGAAAAUGUACCUAGUAGAUUAUCUAUCAUGAGUAGUUGUCUAUCUUGUUAUAUAGUAAAAUCUUUAGUUUUUUUUGUUUGUUUGUUUAAAAAGCAAUAGGGAAUGUCAUUGAUCCACAAAGAAGUGGGUUGUAAUCUAUAUAUCAUACUGUUCAAUACUCAAGAACAUUUUAGUUUACUAGCUGAUGGUGCUUGUGUUGAAUAAUAAUCCAUAACACAUUUAACAUACUGUUAAAAAAAAGAAAACGGUAUCAAACCCAUGGCCUAACAUACUUCACAGACAGACAGUGCUCAUCUUAGUCCACACUGAACAAAUAAAUAUUUACGUAAUUUAUUACUCACUCUAAGAUACGCAAAUCUCUUCAGCUGAAUACGGAAUACUUUGGAUCGAAUAUUUAAUCUAAAAUUGGAUUAUCAAAAUAUUUAUUCAGUUUAUCAUGAUUAAAAGCAUACAAUGUUAUUACUGUACUUUUUCACAGUUAAUGUAAACAGCAUAGUUCCAGGACAAAUAUUGGGCAAUAAAAUAUUUGAAAAUGC